CAGAGUGGCUUGUAUGAUUAUUUUUGUUAUCAGUUUAAAAGGAAAAUGAAAAUUCAAUGACGUGAUGCCAAACAGAACCAUCAUCAUAGAUUUCUUACUUAUGGGAUUUUCUGAGCAAUGGGAGUUCCAGAUUUUGCACUUUGUGGUCUUCCUCAUUAUGUAUCUGGCUAUCCUGAUAGGAAAUCUUCUCCUCAUCAUUCUGGUAGACGUGAACAAUCAUCUUCAGACACCAAUGUAUUUCUUUCUGGUCAAUUUAGCAAUUGUUGAUCUGGGAUCCACUUCUGUAACCAUUCCCAGAUCAAUAGCCAGUGCCCUCAUGAAUGCAAGAAGGAUUUCAUAUUCUGAAUGUGUUGCACAAAUGUUUUUCUUUCUUUUCUUUAUGUCCUCAGACAUUUUCCUUCUCACCGCUAUGGCUUAUGAUAGAUAUGUGGCUAUCUGCCAUCCUCUACAUUAUAUGUCUAUGAUGCAAUGGAGAAGCUGCUUCCAAAUGGCAGGGGUUGCAUGGAUGCUAGGCUUUCUUAAUGCUGCCAUGCAUGCAGGAACCCUUUUUUCAUUGCCUUUCUGUUCCAAAGUCAUCCAUCAGUUCUUCUGUGAAAUCCCACACCUCAUGAAGAUUUCCUGCUUCGAUCCCAAAUUCAGUGAAAUCUCUGUUCUUCUUUUUAGUGCUUUUCUUGGUGUUGUUUGCUUUAUGUUAAUUAUCAUGUCCUAUGUAAAAAUCUUUAAGGCAGUAUUGAGCAUGCCCUCAGUGGCCAGUAGACAAAAGGCCUUUUCUACUUGCAUUCCCCAUCUCCUUGUUGUCUGUUUAUUACUUGGUACGGGUAUAUUUUCCUAUUUCAUACCAAAUUCUGGGUCUUCUUACAAUUGGGAUGAGGUCUUUGCAGUAAUCUACUCUGUGAUUCCUCCAAUGAUGAACCCAGUAAUCUAUAGCAUGAGAAAUAAAGAUAUCAAAGCUGCUUUAAGGAAGUUGUUUAAUCAAAGGUUUGCAAAUCAAAAUAGAAAACUCUGCUAAGAACAACUAAACAACUUUGUUUUAAGGAAUAAAAAGAAUCCCACAAAU